UUAUAAAUCUAGCAGGAUACAAAUUUGGAGCCGCUUUAAAAUCCCUAAUAACUGCGAAAAUCAUAUACUGCAAUCUAUUUUUGAUGGUGAAGGUGCCGGAGCUGUUCAAGUGCCCGCUUUCGAAGAAACUAAUGGUGGAUCCUGUCAUUCUUUCUACCGGAGUGACAUGUGAUCGUCCCUUCAUACAAGAAUGGCUUAAUUCCGUGAAGAAAACAUGCCCUAAAUCUGAUAGAUUAUUGUCACACACUGUUCUCAUACCAAACCGCGUGAUGCACGAAAUGAUAACGAGCUGGUGCAAGAAUCACGCAUUCGAGCCACCAGAAUAUAAUUCCAAUGAUGCGGUGGCACAGCUGGUGGCUGCACUCUUUGAAGCCAGCGCCUUGGUUCCCCUCAUCGCUAUGUUGGAGGACGAAGGGGAUGGUUUUGGGAUGAAAGAGGCCGCCUCUGCAAUUCUCAAUCUGUGUAGCCUCAAGAAGAACACGGUGAGAGCUAUAGAAGAAGGUGUUGUGGAAGUGGUGAUGAUAAAGAUCAAGAAUGAAGUGCUUGUGAGUGAGAUGAUGGAGAUUCUUGCACUCCUUGCGACAGACUCGAAUGCGAUCAGGGAGAUGGUCGAGAUGAAGGUUGUCUCGUGUUUGUUUGAGAUCAUAAGGUUGAAUCCUAGUCCGCGCGAUGUAGAGAACUGCGUGCUCGUCCUGUUUGCUAUCUCCCAUGAGGAAUUGAUCACGAGGACGGAGAUGAGAAGAGAGGAGGAUACGCAUCAGACACUGUCCUGGAUCAUGCGAGAAGGCACUCCUGAGGCCAAGUACAGGGCUAGUGAAAUUCUUUACAUGCUGACAGGGAGCUCAGGGAGGAUACAUCCCCCCAGGCUGUUAAGGCGACCACACUACUAGAAAUUUCGUCCAAAACAUUGUACUAUUUGCUAGAUUUGGCUCCUAAACAUUAUGUUAUGCUCAGUCUUUUGCCAAAAGUUGACGAAACCGUUAAAUUUGGACGCAGUUAAGGAGGUUUCAUUCA